AUGAAUCACAGCACGGUUUCCCCGUUGUUUAUUGCCCAGGAAACUCUCUGCUUCUAUCCAAUCAGUACAAUCUACAACUCAUGUCCACGAUAUCUUUUCUAUGCGCUUAUGCUGGCGACCUGUGUCACUCGAUGGACAGGAUGGGUCAUGAAUGUGUUUUUAGGAACCGCCGCGACAUACGCAGGAACUGCCGCAAUCCACGCCUUCAUCAUGGUUUCUAGUCACCAAACGCCCCAAGACCCUGGAUCUGUCGCUAUUCCAUACCUAUCCGCCAACUCCAGCCUGCGAAAAGAGUUCCCUUAUUUAGUCACCGAGACAGACCAUAUUAUGAUCUCGCCCGCAUCACUCGAGCUUGACUCGGAUGCUGUUCUUGCCAUCGUUGUCACUGGUUAUCUCGUCUUUUUGCCACUCCAAUGUUGGUCCCGCAUUCUAACUCACGAUCGAGCACGGAACCUUCUCUUUUAUCUCUGGCAUGCCCUCAUGUUGGCUGGCUCUAUAUGUGCCCUUGUAUAUGCUGCGAGAAUACCCAAGACAUCACCUCAGUACAUGUUUUGCUUUCCUGAUCUCGCGCCUUUUGACGACACAUCAAAUGACGGCUGGCAAGCCUCAUGGAGAACAUCCACAUGGAAUGACAGUGUGUGGGAUACGUUUUCGAACAUAUCGCGAUGGAAUCAAAUAGGAGAUAUCUGCUUCAAUCCCUGUUUUAAUUCAACACAAAUUCUACGACAACCAGGAUCAUUGCAUUCAGCCGCUGCAGACGGGCACUUCAAAGUCACUGCCUCCCAUGGCUUCUGGCAAAAGGUUCUUUACUCGCAUCGAUAUAUAUACAGUCUCAUCAUUCUCUGUCUAAUCCUAAACUGCCUCCACUUGACUUACCGAUUCCUACCUUAUCGAUCACACAUCCCGUCAGCGAAGAUCAUGGUAAUCUGGAAAGAACGAAAGGCCAUAUGGAAAAGCUUCAAAGAUGAGGUCAAUGGGGCCAUGAAACUACCAACAAACCUGAAUUACGACGAGGAAGACCCAAGGCCGACAAACAAGAAUACCAGUUUCUGGCGCCGUAUGCGACACAUAUUCAGCCGUCAGUUCCUCAAGUCGGUUCUCCAUGUGAUUCUUGACGCUGCAAUUCUUUUUGGGAUACUCUUCAGCAUGAUAGUCAGUCCCUUCACUAUCAUUGCAUUCGUCAUUUGGAUCGAGAUCCAAAUUUACAAUGACGGACCCCCAGGGGAGAGUCCGAGCCAGGUUGGUCAGUGGGCGUACCCUACCUCCCUAGCACUUCUUGUGAUUUCAGCAGCGAUUUCUAAACUCAAAUAUCGACUCGCUUCGUCAGUUGAGCUGGAACGCGAAAUUGCUGCAUUGAAACAACACCUGCGGGACUUGGAGAAAAUGAAGGGCGCACAAUCGGGGUCUGCCUCGAUUGAACUCGGAACUGUGACAGGUCAGACAAAAAAAAACUAG